UCUUUGGGGAUCCCCUCAGCUCCACCAUGGUCCUGCCAGGAUGCCGGGCAGGGGCAGCGGAGGCUCCGCGCUCUGUUCCCCGCGCAGCCGGAGCCGGGUCCAGCCCAGCCCAGGCUCCCUAUGGAGCUGCCCGGCCCGGGCGGGCCGAGAGCCGCCCCCCGAGAGCCGCCUGCCCUGCCAGCCCCGCGGAUGCUCCCCGAAAGCGGCGGCAGGAGCCAGCCGGGACGGGCAUACGAUCCAUUCUCCCGUCCCACGGAGCCGGGAGGCAGCGCAGGAACGCGGGGUGGGGUGGGAGGGGUGUGGGCAGCAGGAGACGCUCCUGGGAAAAGCUGCCUGAGAAAACUCAGGGAUCGCGAGCAGCUGGCUCCGAGGCUAAAAUCGGCGACAGGGAAACUGAAGAGGGUGGUAGCUCACUGCAGACGAUGCCCAGAGUGCAAGAAGCAGGUUUACAUGAAAACAUCUCAAGAGCUGGACCAGGAAAUGUAUCGGAAUCUGCUUGGAAACUGCACUUCCUUGAAGAUGUUUCCCCACUUCAAAUGCUUCUACAGCUUAGGAAAUACACAUCACCAAAAAAGCCCCAAGAGCCACUUAAGCAAACAAUAAACUUCCCUGCCUCCUCUUUGUUUUCUGCAAUGCCUUUUAUUUUUGUCCUUAAAUUCAAAGAUCUGACUUUGGGAGUGAAACGGUGAAGUCUGAUACCAAUUGCCUUUUCCUGAGCUCUGUUCUUUUUUAUUUUAUUUCAGCAGUGCCGAGAGCUGAACUUCCAGGCACAGCAUUUUCAUUUAUUUGUAGCUCUUUAAGGCACAGAAGCCAAACCCUACGCAGUUUGGUUGCUGCUGCCACCACGUUGUGACAUCCCAACAACAGAGAGUGUCAUGUUUAA